AUGGAUCAAUCAUUGACUUUAAUCAAUGCCCAAGUGCACUUCCUGGAGGAACCGGUGGUGCUGGUGCAUAUCCCACUGGAGCUGUACCCAUACUUCUUGAAAUCAGUCCUUAACUUGAUCUUUGAUGAAACACCUGCCCUAGAGAACCAACAGGAUCAAGAGAAUCAAGAUGAUGCGGCAGCAGAGGCAGAUGGAAAUGCCUCCGAGCAAGGCUAUAGACCACCCGCGUUCAUGAACGUCUCCAUUACUCCAGUCGAAGUCUCAAUCAUAUGUCCCAGACGUUUAGUCGAACAGUACUUCGACCCAGUGAUCAACGAGCUUGACCAACUCGACACUGCCCUCCGCUCCCGUCUGGAGGUGAGCGAGAAUGAUUAUAUCGCCAUGCAAGUCCUCGGCGAAGGCCUCGAAGCCGGCAAACGAGUCCUAGAAUUAACCAGUCCACUCGCACUGGCAGGGAUCUCCAUCUUCUUUAUCUCAACCUACUUCUCCGACUACAUCGUAGUCCCACUGCAAAGCAAAGCAAGCGUGAUGGCGGCCCUGGAAGCCCGCGGCUUCCAAUUCGAAAACGCAACUGCCGCCUUCGUCAGCCCCCUAAGCCCAAGUACAGAAAGACGACUAAGCGACCUAAUCCCACCACGCACCCCACCACCAUCCAACCUCGCCGAGCUACAAACCCGCACCUUCGACAACCUCCGCAAACGCGCCAUUACCCCGCAAGUCGACCCAACCCUGCGUCUCGUGCAAUGCGCCGCACACCACGAAUACGACAGCUCCGACUCCUCCAUGUCCAUCCUCCGCGACGCCCUAACAACAGUGCUAGUCGUUGACCAGCCGCGAUUCCUUUCUCUGACGCUCGCCUCGCUCGAUCCCGCGGCGUCCCUACUCCUAGAGAAGCGACUGCUUCCGCGGUUCGCGCGGCGCACGGCCUCGUACGAGGACGGCUCGGGGCUGCUGCUCGGCUCGAAAGAGGAUCACCUCGUCCCGAUUACGCUGGAUCUGCGUGAUCUGCCGCUCGAGGCGUCGGGUAUCAUUUGUGGUGUUGCGGGGCGGCUGGCUGAUGCGCCGGUGUCGCCUGUGUCAAGUGUGCUUAGCAGUGUUAGUAGCGGGAUUGGGGCGUUGAGGAUGUUUGAUUCUGUUGAGACGAGGUUGGAGAGUCGGGGGCAUAAUCUUGCGCCGUUGAGUGUUGCUGGGGAGGCGGUUGAGAUCAGUUUCUUGAGUACGGCGAGGGCGGGGACGAUUAUUGUUGGGGAGGAUGAUUUGGAGAGGGUUGUCGGGGCGCUGGAGGAGGAGAGGGAGAGGGAGAGGGAGAGCGCGGGGGAGGGGUUGGACUCGCAGACGCCGCCGGAUAGUCCGUGA